AUGCCGGACGAUCGCCGUCGCGCUUCCCGCACGGACGACGCGCUUGUCGCGCAUCGUCCGGCCGACUCCGCGUCGCCGGUGGAGCGGCGGACGAGAGUGGAUCCGCGCACCCAUACGAAGUCCUUGUAUCAGCGCGGUCGCGAUGGCAGCGAGAUGUACGCGUCCUACUAUAACUCCAACGACGACCCUGCCUUUCAGGAGCGCUUCAACCGGCACAGCAACGGCAAUGCCUUUGUGCAGAGCGCACAGUUCACAUAUGUGUCGCACGGAGGUUGCGGGGGUCGCAAUCACACCGUCGUGAAGGAGCGCCAGCGUCCAGUCGUGGUCGAGGAGCCAGAUGACGCGGACAGGCACGAGGCGAGCACGGACAGUGGUAACAACGCCAACGUGCACGCCAAACACAAGGAUAAGGAGAAGCGUCGAUCGUCGAAACAGGAUCCCAUCGUUGAAGAGCCCGACAGUGAAGACGACUACAACGACGCUGAUUCGCGAGCCUACCGCCGCGGCGGAAAGAAAGGCGAGUUCGGCUCACAUCCAGACGCCCUAGAGUUCUGGAGAGAUCCGUGGGGUAUGGAGUCGAUCAUGGCGGAGAUGAUGCAGCCACCGCUGGGAUUUGGGGACGCGUUCCCCUUCACCUCCCGGCGUGCGCCAGCGCAGCGUAGACUGAAGUCACCGUCGGUCUCGAACGAAUCGAAGUGGCAGCUCAGCCCGCACACACGCGGCGGGGUGAUGAGCAGUCCGUUCACGGGAGAUUUGUUUGGCACCGGCGGACCCGAGAGUCCGUUUCGCAUGAUGGAGGCGAUGCAAUACCACAUGCAUCAGCAACGCGCCGCCAUGUUCGGCGGGGUCGAUCCCUUUCGGCAUUUCAUGUAG